CCUAUAUUUUUCCAUUUAUAUUUUAUGUUCUCUUUCUCACUACUCUAAAUCUCCUCCGUCUCUUGUUUGAUUCAAUUACUCAUCCAUUUUUACAUCUCAAUAAUGGUGGGGUGUAAAAUUCAAGUGAAGAAGAGGACACCAGAAUGGAUUAAGAAUUUGCUUAAUAGCAAAUUCUUUGAGUCUUGUGAUAAUCACAAAGAAGUUAGAAGAAAUGAGAAGAAUAUGUUUUGUAUUGAUUGUAAUCUAUGCUUUUGCAAACACUGUGUGAAUUCUUCAGUUCACUGUUUUCAUGAAUGGCUUCAAAUCUGCAAAUAUGUAUAUCAUGAUGUUAUCAGACUCCAAGAAAUUCAGAAACAUCUUAAUUGUUCUGCAAUUCAGACUUACAAAAUUAAUGGUGAAAAAGCUAUACACCUAAAUCCACGGCCUCAAUCUAAGGAUAGCAAAACUUCAAAGCUAAAGGGCAGUGUUGUAGCUUGUGAAGCUUGUGGGAGGCACCUCCAAGAUUUGCCAAAUCGAUUUUGCUCCAUUGCUUGCAAAGUAUCAAUAGAUGCAGAUAUAUGCAAACAGCGGAAGAAUGUUAUCUCCACUCAAAUUACGAAAUUUGAUCAUUUAUCAUCCAAGGAAAGUUGUUAUACAAAUGAGAAUGAAUCUUGCAUCUCUUUGACUGAAUCCUCAGAGGUAAUUCAAACAUGGUGCAGUUCAGCUUUGAAGCCAAAGAAGAAUUUGCACAAAAGGAAAGGCAUCCCUUGGAGAGCUCCUUUAUGUUAAUGUUCAAAAACAAAAGCAAAAACUAUAGCGUCCGUACUAGUAAAAAAGGGGCUCUUCGACCAAGAAAAUAUUCUAAUAGAAAGGCCGACCACUAUAAAAGUCGUCAUUGAUGCACGAGACAAGUAAACUACCUUUCUUUGAUUACCCUUCUGAGGCAGAGUGAACAAAAUAUGGACCAUAAAUGUAAUCGCGGUUGAUUUGAAGAUCUUUCAAAUUUUCUUUUA